AUGGAAGAUAUUUUAAAUGAAUUAUAUAAAUUACGCCUAGAUUGUUUAAGCGAUGAUUGGGUUCAAAAUAUAUUUGAUUCUGAAUUCUUAGAAUAUGGAGAAAUACCUGGUGAAUAUGAGGACAUAUUGGAAUCUCUUGAAAUUAAAACAGUAUUUCGAACUACUAUGUCAGCUAUAGAUACUUGGCUUACUUCGGAUUUUAGCAACGAAGAAGAGAAAUCUUGGACAGUUCUGUCUCAUCAAGUAAAACAUCAAAGUUUAUUAGCAUUACUAGCCUAUUAUAUAGAUUUUGGUGGAAAAAAUGUAGUGUCCAAAGAACACAGAAAUAAAGCUUUAUUAGCAUCUAGAUUUUACUAUAAAUUGAUCUCAAUUCCUGGGUAUAAGGCUUAUCAUAUUUAUCAUUCACAACUUUUUGCACAUACACUUUUGUGUCUUAGCUAUCCAAAAGCUGUGUGUGAAAGUGAAGAAACUUAUUUCAAUGCUAAAGAAUUGACACGAGAAGUUAAUUCUAUUAUCAAAGAGUUGAGUUAUUUAGUUAAAGAUUUAAGAGGAAUAAUUUCAAACUUACAUUUAACCUCAAAUGACAUGAACUUUGAGGAUAUUCUAAGUAACUUGGUAGACAUUACAGGAGGAGCUAUUGUCAACAAACUUAAUAUAGACAAAAUUGAAUUGGCCAAUUUGUCAGCUGCAAUAUAUGACAUGAUAGACAUUUUGGUAAGUGAGCCAAAUGGAGCUCCGAAUGCUUCAGCCAUACAAUUACUCUUUAAAUGCUUGUUACCAAAAUUAAUAGCUGCGUCUGUGGAUUGUCGUCAUGCUAAUAAUGUGGUACGGGCCUCAUAUGUUACAUAUUCUGGACUUCUCUUAACUAAUUAUGGGAAAGCAGCUCUAUCAGGUUAUAUUGUUCUACUACAACAUUUAUGUUUCACAUUGGAUGGACUAGAGCGUGCAGAAGUGAGAUCUGCACGUGUAUCACUUGUGGUGGGUCUAAUGAGUAUGCUAACAGGCAAAACAUAUAAAAAAUUCGUAAAAUGGCUGCUUAAAUUAUCAGCAACUGCAAAAGUGUCACAUAGACAAAUUGCUUUGGAAAUGUUGGCUAAGCUACUAAAUAACGACCCAGAACUAGUCAAGUCCAAUCAAUCUGAUGAAAAGAAAUUGAUCACUCAAACAAUCUGUGAAGACGACAGAAACAAAAACAUUACUGAAGGAAAUAAUGCAAGUGGUAGUGUGGAUAAUCAAAAUAAUGAAGAACCACAACCCAGUACUUCUGCAGAAUCACUGACAAGUACAGCUGAGCACAUCACCACUGAAGACGAGAGCAGUCAAGAGCCUUUAGAUGACAACAUACCGGAGGAAGAGGUAGCGGGGUUGAUGCGCCAGCGGACCCACACCAUAUCGCACAGCGAGGUGCUGCGUGCGGUGUACGAGCGCGUGCACGACGUGUCCAGCACGCUGCGCACGCGUGCACUCGCUAUACUUUCAGAAGGCCUGCAGUCUGAACACCCAGCUGUGAUUGAGGCUAUAAAGGAGCUCAACGGUGCCGGGGAGGUGUCACGGCUGGCGGCCACCGCGGCCCGUUGCGUGUGCGACGAGCGCGCCGUCGUGCGCAAGGCCGCCGUCACGCUGCUGCAUCGCCUCAUCACCACCACGCACUCGAGUGCUAGGACGCCGCUUGCAUCGGAUUAUGCCGUGCGUUAUUUU